AUGUUUAAUCCGUCUGUAGACAGCAUUCCGGAUCUUGUCUUGAAAAAAGAUGCCAAUAACAAUAAGAACGGAGCUGACGCUGAUGAAUCAGAAAAAAAGACAUUCUUUUAUGAUAAUGUAUUACGAGCUUUUAAAAAGAACCCCAUUAUCUGGGUAUCAAUGUUCUUCAUUUUCCUUUCAACUUUAUUCCUUCUCAUCCUGUUGAUUGGCGGUACCGGCGCUAUUUAUCUAUCAAAAUUCACUUUCGAUGAUCCCAUAAAAUUCAUUACGAAAAAGAACGAAAUAAGUUUUACCUUAUACGGAUACUGCGUCGAUGAUCAAUGUUCCCAGCCUUCGAUGACCCAUAAUUUUGAUGAGAUUCCUUCGCCUGCGGAGAUCACCAACGGUUCGUCUAUCAUUAAUCUAAAAAGAUUUGAUCCCAGCGAUGUCGGAACCACCAUUGAACAUGCUGGAUCUACCGUUGGAUCCACGGUCGAGGAUGCCGGAAAAAACACUGUCAAUGAAGGAAAAAAAAUUGCCGAAGAAGCCCCCGGCUUAUUAAAAUCAUUAUUAGAUGGGUUUGCUAAUUUCAAGCCGAAAACACCGACCGUUGGUCUCUCCGGAUUUUUUUCCCUCCCAUACCUAUUUGCUAUGAUGUUUAACCUAAUAGCUCUAUUCUUUUUGUACUUCCAACUCAAUUUCCUCGCCGUUAUAUUACUUUCGACUUCAACUUUUCUUAACUUCAUUGCCUUACUCUUUGACCUGCUUCUAUUUGUUUGGAUAUUUGAGCUCAUUGCCAUCAUACCUGGCAUUGGAAGUCAACACACAGGUCCUGGAAUCCAUCUGGCUGGCUGGAGUGUCAUCUUCUUAAUUAUCGCAAACAUAUUACUGUGUUGCAGAUUUGGUGGUAAUGCCGUCAGUGGUAUCACCAAAAAAUUUAAAAAAUCAAGGGUUGUCGAUGAAAAUGAAAACAAACAACCUUCCAAUUGGGUAUAA